UAACCCGCGACGGGCGUCACGGCGUACGUCGGGCGCGGAACCGAGCGAGGGCGGGAGCCAACGCGCCGAAUCUCCGCCGCGAGCGUUCGGUCCGCGUCAACGUCGAGCCAACGUGGAGCCAACGCGGCCCUCUGCCGGCAGGCGGCGGUCGGUGAGCCACGCCCAGCUGAUGCACGACAAAGGCCGCAGCAUGCAGGAGCUGAAGCGUCGCCUGUGGCUGCAGGAGCUCCUGGAGGAGGUGCACACGGCCGAGGAGCGGGCGCCGCCCGCGCACGGCGGCGGCGGGGCUUCGCCCGACUUCAGCGGCAACGACCUCCGCCAGAAGCCCCCCGAGGCCACCAAGGACCUGCCCCACAGGUUCGGGCCGGAGCGCGAAGGCCCCGUCCUGCCGCAGGAGACCCACAAGGCGUCGGCCUACAAAGACCAGCCGCUCAAGGUGGCCACCAAGAGGAAAAAAAAGGCCAGGCUGGGCCGGCGCAGGGAAGGCGACAAGAAGCGCAGGAGGACCCGCUCCGUCCCGACUCCAGACUGACCUGACGCCGGAGGCCCCGCAGUGACAGACCCGCCGUGGGCCCCAAUUUCAGCAGUUUCCCUCUUGCCGUCAAUCACGCCAAAGGCCCGAUUCUCCGGGCGUCUCUGAAAGAUGAUCCCGAGUCCUUUGGUGUCGGUCGGGGAUCAUACCUGUUCAGUACUUACCAUGUCACGUUGCGUCUUCGCAACAAAUCCGAAUGUGUAUGUGUGUGUGUGCGGGGGGGCUGUUUGAAUAAUUUUGAUGUUUAACGCGGGACGCACACUUCCCAAUAAUACCCGGGCCUGAUUUGCAUAUGCGUCCCGCCUUCCAAGCCACGACGCCAUCAGCGCCAUGAUCAAAUCUCUUCCACAGAUCGCCCUCUGAAAUGAUUCUGCGGCGAGCAAAGUGUCUUCCUUGGACCGCGCUCAGUCGAUUGCGAGCGUAAAACCUGUUCACUAUUGAUGA